GACACGCAGCAUGUAGAUGCUUACCAAAACUCUGCGAGGAAAAAAGUCAUUUAUUACGAUAAAUUAAACAAAUGUUAUAUGUUAGUUUUGUGUCCUAAAUGAGUAACAUGGAGGUCAACGGUACACUCCCAGGACGCAACUUCAUAGACUUGCGCAUCUUUACAGAAAAUCUUUUAUUGUCGGCAAACAGGUCUCUGCGAUUUCUGGACAAUGAAACGAACCGCGUCGCCGAGGAUGAUCUGGACGUGAACACAGACAUCUACUCUAAAGUUUUGGUCACCGUGAUUUAUGUGCUGCUUUUCGUAGUCGGGUGUUUAGGGAAUUCCAUCACCCUGUACACACUUCUCACGAAGAAAUCUCUCCAGAAUCUCCAGAGCACGGUGCAUUAUCACCUGGCGAGUCUGGCCAUAUCUGACCUUCUCAUCCUGAUCCUCUGCAUGCCCAUUGAGUUGUACAACUUCAUCUGGGUGCAUCAUCCGUGGGCUUUUGGAGAGGCUGUGUGUAAAGGUUACUACUUUCUGCGGGACGGGUGCUCGUAUGCGACGGCGUUCAACAUCGCCAGUCUGAGCGUCGAGCGCUUCAUGGCCAUCUGUCACCCGUUCAAAGCGAAGAGCAUUAUGUCGAGGAGCCGCACGAAGAAACUGAUCAGCGCCAUGUGGCUCGCAUCUUUUCUCCUGGCCACCCCGAUGCUCUUCACUAUGGGACAGCGUGUGGUUGAAAACGAAUUCAUAUGCACCACGAUCGUGUCCUCGAUCACUGCCAAAACCGUUCUGCAGGUAAAUGCUUUCCUGUCUUUUGUGGUCCCCAUGGCUUUAAUCUCAUCAUUAAACGGAGUCAUAGCCAGUCAGCUGCUGCGCAUGUUUCGGGAGACUGCGCAGGAGAAUCGCACCUCUAUCAUCGGAGGAAAUGCUACAAUUCUCAGUGUCACAGUGGAACCUAACCGUGCCCAAUCACUGCGGCACGGAGUCAUGGUGUUACGUGCUGUUGUCAUUGCAUUUGUGGUGUGCUGGUUACCGUACCACGCAAGAAGACUGAUGUACUGCUAUGUUAAUGAAUGGACUCAUGCUCUGUUUGAUUUCUACCACUACUUCUAUAUGGUCACCAACGUGCUCUUUUACGUCAGCUCAGCUAUAAACCCCGUUCUCUACAACCUUGUCUCGUCCAACUACCGACAAAUUUUUUUUUCCACGCUCCGCUACUUCCUGCUGCCGUGCCGUCAUAAGAAACAACAACGCGUCCUGAACCGACACUCCAUCAGCAUCUGCAGCAACCACACUUUGUCCACCAACGUUAUCAAGGAGACCAUUUACUGA